CCAGAUGGCGACUGUUGGUUGAUAUCUAGGACCUUCAGCCCCGCCCAUGUGAUUUAAACCGCGACCUUUUCAGUGACGACCCGACGACCCCGUGCACGAUUGAGGCUACUCCCAGAGAGGAUACUGCGAAAAAAAGUCUUCGAAUCGGAUAUCAAACGUAGGUUCGUCGUCUCGCUUCUUCUUACUUCGAUUAAUGUUAUGGGAAGAAAUAUGACGGAAGUUAUACGACGUCACGUUAGGAGUCUUUCUUAUCCCGAAGAAAGCGAAAUGGGGAUAUUCUUUGCUCUCGCAAUACCUUUGGAUGAUCCAAUCACGAAGUACUCGAUGUCGGUUGCCUUCUUUUUCGAGGCGAAUUAUAAGUUGCCGACGAAGGAUGAUAUCGGUUUAGAGGUCAAAGAGGGAGAAAGAAGGCGAAGAAAAAGCAUAGAUCGCACCACGAUCUAUUCCAUGUUGGAAUCAAAAUUUAAAUCAAUCGGCUAUCCGGCUCGACAGUGUCUUCUCAAAUCCAUAUGCGAGACCACACAACUGGACUGGAAACUCAAUGCUGGUGUCCUUGGAGAUCUCUUGCACAUCCUGUUCACACCAUCCUCAUCGCGUUUCGAAGUCGAUCUUCACAAGGAAUACGCCGAAGCUGAAAAGGUCGAUGGUACGAGGAAAUGUUCCGAAAUUUAUUCCACUUGCAAGUACGGGAUUUACGACUACAUAACGCUCCCCUAUCAGGAUUUGUGAGAGUAGCAGCUUGCCCUCGGUCGGUUCUCUCUCUACCCUCCAGCACUCUUGGUUAGUACGACGCUCUCGAAGCUCUAAUGAAAACUCACGAAAGUUCGCUAAAUCGAAGAGACCUCGUUUUUCCGAGCGCUUUCCUUUCCUCCGUCCCUACGUGUGUAUAUCAUUUCGUACUGAUAUUAACAAUGAUAAUACUAAUAAUAAUAAUAACAAUAAUAAUCGAUUUUUCGUAUAACAAUGAAUUAUUAUUGUUAGAUAAAUAUUAUAGUAUAUGUAUUGUCCAUUGUUGGUUCGCUUAAAUCUCUUUUCUCCCUUCCUCUCUGCCCCUUUCUCUCCCUCUCUCCCUCUCUCUCUCUCUUUCUCUCUAUACGAAUCGAAUCUCGAUCAAAGCCACGUAUACAUACGUGUCUAUGAUUUUAAUCGAGGGAUUUGUUCGGUGGCUCGCGAUAUCGGCGAGCUUUAAUAACCGUGAUUUCGAUAGCAACGGGGAGUGAAUUCGCUCGGUCGACAAUGCAGAAUAUUUGCUGCGAUAAUCUAAUCCAAUAUUCGUCCAACUGUAGGGCUUGUAGAGCUUUGGAAUGAUUUAAAAUCCAUCGGCAAAGUUUUCAUGGAAAUUAGACAUCUUUCUUGGCAUCGAACUAUCAUUGUUAUAAUUUCGCAUAAAUAUCAAAGGAAAAUUCAUGCUUUAUUUUCCCUUUGUCUUUUAAAUUUAAACGACAUAAACUAAAGUAGUUUCUGGAAUAUUUGCAUCUUUUGAAGCUGUAAUAUAUUCAACCACUUUAUUUCAAUGAAACAACGCACACGCAAUUUCUGAUCAUUAAUAAAAUUUAGUUAGACGAAGACAUGUUGAUCAGUAACAUAGUCAUUUUUUUGAGCAUUUCCUAUUCUGCAAGAUUAUACAAUAUAAUUUGUUUUUUUUUCAAAUUGUUAUAUCCUUUUUGAUAAGAUAUGUUUUUCAUUUUUGAUUCAAUUAAAUCGGUAGCGUUAUAAAAAACGAGGAACAAUAUAUUCAAAAAUAUUUGAUUACUCCAAAAUUCAAAAGAGCAACGAUCUUUCCUUUGACGUUUUAACUUGUUAACGUAUACAUAUCUACGAGAAGAUAAAGAACGAUUGUCCUGGCUUUUUCGUUGUCGCGACUCGAUCAUUGUUAAGCAUUUUCCUUUUUCCUUAUUUCUCUUUCUCCUCUUACUUUCUUCCUUUCUUCCUCAGUCGAGGUUGUGACCUUUCGUUUUUACAAGAGCCACUCCCGCGUUACGUGCGCCAACGUAAUUCCAUUAUGUAGAUAAAAUCAGCUUGUUUACUUCUUGGAAAGGAAGCUCCUUCGACUUCUUCGUGGCGAGUGUCUCGUAACCUGGCCAUUCUUGCAAACUGUGCAGUUAGGAUGAGAAAGUCCAAUCAAGUUGAAAACGAGCGUAAGAAGGAAUGAUCGUUUUAUGCUUUUCUCCUGUAUCCUUUUCUUCUCCCACUCUUAUACUCAUUCGUUCAUAUAGACGUAUUCUCGAACAAUAAAAAACUUGAAACGA